AUUGACGGCAAGUUGUCGAGGAUUGGUUGUCCUUGUGUUGUGCUGUAUGAAAUGAACAGUUUGUCGUAAAAUACAGUCGUGAAUUCGUGAUAAAAGCGAUCGCAAAGUGUUCUGGUGAUAAAAAUGACGCGAUAAUAUCCAGUGAAUCAUUACAUUCAGUUAUUUUACUUCGGCUAUCUUGUUCUGAAUUAGUUAAGUGUUAUGAUAUGAUCAUAGCGCACGGUUCGGUCUCUUCAAAGCAGUCGAUAUUAUGUGGCCCGAAAGCCAAAGCGACAUAAAAGCUUUUCAAUUAUGAUCCCCAUGGUGUAUACAGUAUAUGGUUUUGCCAUAUUUUUUAUAAUCGCUUGGGUGUGUCUGUGGUUAAUUCACAUAAUGGCUUUAUCAUAUUCUAAAUGGAAAUUACACAGAACAGUAGACCGGUCGCCUCCAGAACAACCAUAUCCAGGAGUUUCAAUACUAAAGCCCUUGACGGGUGUCGAUCCCAAUUUAUUUUCUAAUUUAGAAACAUUUUUCACUCUCGAUUACCCAACAUACGAAGUGUUAUUUUGCGUGGAGAGUGAACAUGAUCCUGCCGUAAUGUUGGUGAACAGCCUUUUACACAAGUAUCCACAUAUUGAAGCGCGGCUCUUCAUCGGCGGGAUGUGCGUCGGAGUCAAUCCGAAAAUCAACAACAUGCAGCCGGCAUAUUUGGCGGCAAAAUAUCCUAUGAUUCUAAUAAGCGAUGCCGGAAUUCGGAUGAGGGAGGACACUCUCCUCGAUAUGGUACAACAUAUGCGAGAAGACGUCGCAAUCGUUCACCAAAUGCCGUUCGUGUGUGAUGCCGAAGGGUUUGCAGCUGUUUACGAAAAAGUUUACUUCGGUACGGCCCAGGCUCGUAUGUAUCUCGGUGCCGACUUUUUGGGCAUAAAUUGUCACGUCGGCAUGUCUUCUUUAAUGCGAAGGUGCGCUUUAGAAGAGAGCGGAGGAUUGUCAGCUUUCGGCGAAUACCUAGCGGAGGAUUACUUUAUGGCGAAAGCUGUGGUGUCGCGCGGAUGGCGAAUGCGAGUGGCCUCUCUGCCGGCGCUGCAGAACUCCGGGACACGGUCGGUGGGGGCGCUGCAGGCGCGGCUGACGCGCUGGGCGCGCCUCCGCAUCGCCAUGGUGCCGACGACGGCAUUGUUGGAGCCCCUCAGCGAGUGUAUGCCCCUCGGCGCCGGCGCAGCGUGGGCCGCUGGACAGUUGUUCGGGGCGGAACCUUUACCAUUCUUCCUGGUGCAUGUGCUAGCGUGGUUUCUAUCGGACUGGUUGAUACUCCGUUCGGUGCAGAAUGGGUCGCCGCCGUUUACUAAAGUGCAGUUCCUCCUCGGGUGGGUGUGGAGCGAGUGCUGUGCGCCGUUCGUCCUUGCGGCCGCCCUGCUAAACCCCGAGAUCUCGUGGCGGACUCGCUGCUACCGGCUAGACUGGGGCGGCCGUGCGCACGAACUGAAGCCAAAGCUAAAGUUCUGAACGAGACCCCUCCUUUUACAAAGCUUUAAUUUGGUGAAUGUUUCGGUUACAUUGUGUACUGCCAGCAUGCCGGUCGCAAGGUUGAUAUUCCUCGCUGCCGUAUAUGAAUGAGUGUUAAUAAUAUUAGCAUAAGGUUUUAUUUUAACUGCUAUUUAUAAUUUUUAAAAGAAACGGUGGAUACUUGUUAUUCUUGUUUUAGAGAGUUUUUUAUGUUUAUAGAUUUAAUAACACAGGCUGUUGUAUCCAUACCUGUGGUAAUUGUUUAAUUUUACCAUUUGUGAUCUGCCAUAAUAAUAUUGUUUCCGCAAUGGCCACUGUUUGAGACAUAAUAGUCCUUCAGUGUUGACAUACAAUACUAUCAAAAGAUGUGAAUCAUUUGUACUAUUCAUAAUUAAUAAUAGCAUUCAAAGUAUCAAAUUAGUCAUUUCCAUUCACAAACAUGAAUAACCUUUUUAUUUUUUUUAGUUAUUACUUUUUUCUUAUCUGAAAAAUAAACUUUAUCCGACAUUGAAUUUCUUCUAGUCUUUUUUAUUUAAGAUUAAACAUAAAAACAUUCAUUAAAAGUUCUCAAUAGCAAGUCCUGCUAUGCAAUAAUAGUACUUAUUUUGUAAUAAACAAGUUAUCUCAUAAUUGGGCUGGAACCAAUUGUUACAUAUUCAUUUAUAUAUUAUGUUAAAUCUAGUUUACAUUCUCCAACACAUAAAUGAAGUUAGGAACAUUUCUAACUAUGCAAUUAAUUAAAAAAAAUCACUCGGUUAAUAUUUCCAGUAUGUUUUCUCAACUCAUAUAGGUUUUCAAAAUAUAUACAAUUUUCUAAUCUCAUCCACUAUGUAAUUUUUGCUUCAUACAAUGUUAAAUUGUGCAAAAGUUUUCAAAAAUUCUUGCGAGUACAAUUUUUAAAAUAUACAGGGUGUUAUUUUCUAUAAUAUCAAGAUUUAACAUAAUUUUUCUUGUGAAUUAUCUGAAUUUAAGUCUGUUCUGUUUGUAUGUUUUUUUUUUCUAUAUGAAUAUUGGUUGUGAACAGUUCAUAAUAAUUUAUUAAUUCAUAUUGAACACCAUGUACCUUUGGACUAUGAAAGUUAUAGGAAAAUUAAAGACAAUGGCCUGAGUUGGGACCAAAAAUGAGGUUUGUGUUUCAUUUUGCAAAGAUUUAAAACUAAAAGACAUAAUGUAUUUUAAAAAAACAAUUGUUUUAAUUUAGAUUUUAACCAAAGAGUGUUGAGAGACAAGACUGGUGGUUAGGUAUGUCCAAAGGUACAAAAGCACCCUGCUAAUAAACUUACUACUAGAGUUGUCUGACGGAAAGUCACAUUUACAGAUCCCAUAUAACAGGGGUGGCAAAUCUAUGCAUCAACAAGCUAUAUUUUUAAUCAUUUAAUUAGGUCACAGAAAUGCCACCAAAAAAUUUUCAUUGUAGUAAUUUUGUAACAGAGCUAACGGAAGUUUGCACAAUAUGUACAGCAUAAUAAAUUUUAUGAUAAGCAACAAGUCAAAAAUAUUGUGUCACAUACCAUUGGUUCACCAUUACUGACAUAACUUAUGUGACUCUCCGUCAGACAGGUCAUAUUGUAAUUCCGAAGCAUAUUAGUUUUGUGUAAUACAGACCAGGACCAUUAUAAAAAUACUCAAUGCUGUUGUGUUUAGUUAAGUCCGGUUAAUGUUAUAUGUUACUUUAUUUGUAACAAUGCACACAUUCAAGUUACAUAGACCAACUAAAGUCUGUGUUAUGGUAUCUAUUAUGUGUCUAUUGUUUCUAGGGCUAUUCACUUUAUGUACUGUUAUAUACUUUACAUAUUACUAGGUUUAUACCAAGUUAAUAUCACACAUUAGCCCCGAUUCAUACGAUAAUGACGUCUAAAUGCAUUUAAUAAUUAUUUCUUAAUAGUUUAUCUUAAAAUUUAAAUGUUAUUUUUUUUUCAAAUUGGGAUUAUAAUAUUUUUAUUUGUUACCUUAUUUGAUUGCCACAUCCUUUUCUAUAGAUAGAAGAAAUAGGAGUAAAUGAUUAUUCAAUUGCA